AUGUCGUACCGUACAAUUGCUUCAACUGAUUCAGAGAAUGAACAUUUCAGCGAAUCAAUUGAUAUGAGACCGUCUUUUUCAAAAACAAAACCUGGUCUAAAACGUACUGCAGAAAAAACAAGUGUGAAAAAACCUAUGAAAAAAAAGCAGAAUAAAAUGAAUGUAUCAUACAGAGAUAAUGUUACCGAACGUUUGAGAUCAGAAGAAUUUGAUGUCGAGUUAAUUAAUUCGCUAACAUUUAGACAAGGGGACGGUGGUGUUGUAACAAUCAAGUCACCUUUUGAAGAAAAAGCAAAGGAGCUUUGGGUAAUUAGCCACUAUAAGGUUGCUAACAUUGAGAAUGUACCAGUAAAAGACAGAUGGAAGUUCAGUGAAGCUACUGUCAGAUUGUAUACAAGCGAUGAAUCAAAAGAUCAAACGCUUCAUACUGGUCUUAAUGAGACAAUGCAAACCAUAUUUGACAAAUUACUAACCGAUCCGAAGCGUCAGACUAUUAAAAGCAAGACGACCGUUUGA